ACAAUAAAAACAACGAAAACCACAAAACUUUAAAUUCUAAAUCAAAUAAAAAUAAAGAAUAUAAUUCUUUAUUACCUUUUAAACCUAAUGAGACUUCUUUACCACUUUUACCACAAUUAAAAUAUGCAGUUUCUCAAAACCUAUAUCAAUUUAAUCAAAGUUUUUUUCUAUCUAUCCAAAAUACAAGAGUUCUGACUAUAAAUUCUAUUCUUUUACCUUCAGCUCAACAAAAAGAUA